AUGGGAAAAAUUGAAAGAUAUAAUGAUGGUGAUGGAGAAAUUGUAGAGUGUGUUGAUCGUGGUAUAACAUCUUUUUAUGAAAUAAAUAUUAAUUUGUCAACUGAUAAUAUUACUAGAUUAACAUUAUCACAUAACAAGUUAUCAUCAAUACCUCCUGAGAUAUGUGAACUAACAUCAUUAGUUGAAUUAAAUCUUUGGAAUAAUCAAAUUAAAGAAUUACCAUAUCAAUUAAGUACUUUACCAAAUUUAAAAUUAUUAAAUGUUGGAAUGAAUAAAUUAGAUAAACUUCCUAAAGGAUUUGGUAGUUUUCCAUCAUUAGAAAUUCUUGAUUUGACAUAUAACAAUUUAUCUGGAACAUCAUUACCAGGAAAUUUCUUUUUUAUGAAAAGUUUACGUGCCUUGUACAUUGGGGAUAAUGAUUUUGAGACAUUUCCAGCAGACAUCUGUGAAUUAACUAAUCUUCAGGUACUUUGCCUUCGUGAAAAUGAUCUUGUUGAGUUACCACCACAAAUAGCCCAACUUAGAAAGUUAAAAGAACUUCAUAUUCAGGGUAACCGUCUUCAAGUUAUUCCUCCAGAAAUUGGAACAUUAGAUUUACUUGGAGAGAAACGUGUUCUUAGGGUUGAGUCAAAUCCAUGGAUAGAAUCUAUCCGAAAUGCUUUAGUCGCUGGAGGAAACAAAGGUUUCAUGACAUAUAUUAAUUCUGAAAAUUAUAGACAAUUUUACUCAACACAACUUAGCACACUUGGUGGUUUCCCACCAAAACACAAUAAAGAUAAGAAGAUUAGUAGAGUGGGAGCUAUCAAGGCAUGCUAA